GCGGAAUUCUAAAAUAUCAAGAUUUUCAUAAAAUCGUCUGAAUUAGACUAAUUACACGUAGCCUGGAUGUUGAAAGAGAUGCUAGUUUAGGAAUGAGUGUUCGUUCAUGUAUAAAACAAGAUAAUCGAACGCAUUAAAACAAGGCCUUAACCAUCGUUUUUACAGACUUUUACUGAGCAGAGAGUGAAUAUCUAGGCUUCGGUCUGAUUUCAGGCAUUUAGCCAGUUAUUAAGACAGAAAGAUGUAGACAAUUCGGACAAAUGCACGUGUUAUCGUCAUCAAUUUUAUGUGAACAUUACCAGAACCCAACCUUGGAUUUCAAAGACGGCUUUCAUUAAAAUGUUAUACCAACAUAUUUGCUGCUGACCAUCCCAAGUUCUCUAUCUUGGUUCCUGCAUUCUCACUUAGAAUCCUCCUUUGACCCUUACGUGUUCAUGGAAAUCGUCACGUGAUGUAGUGGAAAUCCGAAAAAUUGCAACAACUCAUUACCCUCCAAUACUGUUUCCAGAAGUCACCGGCUCUAGGCCAUCACAUACUCAUUAUGCAAAACAUGACCACAUUCACCCGUUCGGUCAAGGUAGUAAGUGGUAAACUCUUACGUAAGCAGUCCGAGUUAUCAGGUCCAUUCCCCGAUGCUGGACGUCGAUAUUCCCGCCAGGUUGUCCAAACAAGAGAGGCAAGCUUGCCAGCCAUGAACCUGACGACCUGGCUAGCCGACCAUAUCUCCGACUUCAGUAUAGCGAAUAUUUCAACCGUGGCACAGCGCAGGAGCAAGCGUAUGAUUCUGGACAUUAUCGGCGUCGGAAUGAUUGGAUCAAAGACGGAAAUUGCCGACAGUUACCGCCAAUUUGGAUCAACAGUAGAAGGUUUCCAUUCCAACCACAAAGCCUCCAUUUGGGGAACUGGUGGUCUGAAGGCGUCCAUGGCGAUGGCGGCCUAUCUUAAUGGUGCUAGUUGCCAUGCAAUGGAUUUUGAUGACACGUGGCACCCUGCUACUCAUCCCAGUGGCCCCGUGCUUCCCGCCUUAAUGGCUCUGUCGGAUGUGUUGCCACGUUCACAGCAGCCUUCUUUAGAGGAGGUAUUGGUGGCCUUUAACAUUGGGAUCCAGGUCCAAGGAGCCCUGCUGAACUGUUCAACCCAGGCGAGGAACAUCCCUCACCGUCUCCACCCACCAGCUAUUGUCGGCGUGAUGGGGAGUGCGGCCGCCUGCUCUAGAUUGUUGGGUCAUGACCCCCAGAAAUGUCGACACGCUCUGGCCAUAGCUGCGUCAUUCGCCGGAGCACCAAUGGCAAACGCCGGUACCACAACUAAACCAUUGCAUGCCGGGAAGUCAGCUAGGUUUGGUCUGGAGGCUGCCAUUUUGGCCGAUAAAGGUAUCAAGGGAAAUGAUAACAUCUUAGACAUGCCUUCAGGCUUCGGGGCGUUCUACGAGGACUACAAUCCGAAGAGACUUUUGGACAUCCUCACAGAAACUGAUGACGUCAUUCUACACCACCAAGACAUUGCAUUAAAGAGGUUCCCAUGCCAUCUUGGGAUGCAUUGGGCUAUUGACGCGGCAAUGGGAACGAGAGAACAGCUUGUUCGUGACCGGGGUGGUCUUUCCGUCGAUUAUAUAAAAGAUAUUUAUAUAAUCGCUCCAGGUUCAAAAUAUAUCAACAGACCUAUUCCAACGACCGAACACGAAGCCCGUCAUUCCUUCCAGUUCACGACUUGCUCUGCGUUGUUGGACGGCGAGGUGACACCGGAAACUUUUCACGUCAACAACAUCGGGAGGCAACCGCUGCUUAAUCUUCUGCAAUUGGUCAGAGUUAUCACUCCUGAUAACAACGCGCCGUCGUUUGACGACAUGUACGUGACUGUUGGUGUGACAACGAAUGACAACGCCACUUUUGAAAGCACAUGCACAGAGCCGUACGGACAUUGGAGAAAGCCGUUAUCAGAUAAUGACGUCAUUAAGAAGUUUAGGAAUAAUACACGUUUCCUAAGCAUUGAAUCUCAAAACAGACUGGUGAGCCUAGUGUCAAAGAUGAGCAAGAAUCAAGCCGCAACUGAAAUUUCACAGCUAUUGCACUGAAAGAAGGCUUGUGAAAGUUUGACAUAAGUGCUUAUCUAAACAAGCACAACCCAUGAUGGUCUUAUCUAAACAAGUGAAGUGGAUUCAUACCCGGAAGGGCACGAUGUUCGUUAUAAGGAUAUUGACAGUUCAGGCCGAGAAAAAAUUAUGUUUAUUCUGUUCUUCACAUCCACAUAUAAUCAUAGCUCGGUGUCAACAUGAGAGCUGCUGUAUUGUGCUGUAUUGUGCUGUAUUAAGGUAUUUAGGUAUUUAGCCGUCCAUGUAUGCCGACUAUAGUCAGGACACGACCAGGUAGUAUUUACUAAGAGAACAAGUGACUCCUUAAAUCAAAUUUUAAAAGACGUCGCAUAAAUCUAUAAAUAUAUAUGAGAGUGAAAGAGGGAUGUUCAUUAAUGUUUACUUGAUUGAUACACAAAGUGAUAAUGAACAAAAUGUGGAAUGUAUGAUUCGUCUGCUAAGUGUUGAUUUCAUUUCAUUUGUGUUUAUUUUUAACUGAUGUUGUUUGUACAAAUAUAAAACGGGGAUGGGCUUAAGAUAUUUUAUUGAUCCACUCAUAUUGUUAUCCCUCAUCUGUGCAAGUGCGUGACUGAUUGGAAUAUAUUGAUAACAUGAAAGGAAAAUAAAACGCUGUUUCAUCCUCACGCGCUCGACUUCCACCGGCCAUGUUUCUCUCACUCAUUGCCUCUCUAGAAAAAUGAGACCCUCCAUCUGGGUCCGAUAAACUGAAGCAGACGAUUACAAAGUCGCGUUAACUUCAUCAUAUUUACUGUUGUAUUAUUGUUUUGUUUUGGUAUGAUAAAACAUAAUUGAUCAUAUACUACACAAAAAUAUAUUGCAACAGGUAAAGAUGACAAAUAUAAUAACACUUUCAAAAAUAAUUGGAAAAAAUGGCAAAAGUUAAUUAAUAUCUCUUUAAUCUUCAAUUUGCUGAACUUUAUUUUAAGAAUACUGUUUACAGUUAGAAUAUGUAAUAUUAUUGGACACUUAUAUAUGAGUUGUUUUGUAUCCAUUUUUCCUAUCCAUAAGACAUCUAAAUAUUUUGUUUAGCUAAUACUAUUCAUAUAUUGACAUUUGCAGCUGACAACACAUGCUCUUUACUCCCUCCUGUUUUCAUAUGCUAGUCAUACAUAUAGAUAUUUACUACUGAUUGCCUGACAUCUCUCUCUGUCUGUCUAUGUUUUGUCCUUGUCUUUUUUCCAUCCUCUGUCUGUUUUUCUUUUUAUUAACCUUUCCUUUCCUGCUUUCCUUAUACAAAUGCAAUGUAAAUGUAAACAUUGGAAAAAUGUUUUAAAAUGACAAUCAAUAAUUGUGUGUGUGAAAGUGGAAGCGAGAUUAGUGUGUGUCAGAUUUUCAGCUAUUACAAAUGUACUUUGCAUUGUAUAAAAAAAAAUUCUGAAAAUAAAACAAAUAUAAUAAAAAUAUAAUGUGGUAGGGAAACACGAUAUUUUGUUUCCCUUGGAAUUAUUUUGUUUAAUCUCCGGAAACAACGAAUCGUGUUUCCCUAAGCGUAUUUUGUUAGCUGUAUGUUGUAAUGUAUAAUCAUGGGAUUGGGCAAUUAACGUUGUAUUUAUCCCGUAUAUUGUUAGCUAUAUGUUGUAAUGUAUAAUCAUGGGGUUUGGCAAUUAACGUUGUAUUUAUCACGUAUAUUAUUAGCUAUAUGGUGUACAUGCUUAACAAUGUAACUGGCUAUGUGUCUGCUAUUUUUGUAUACUUUUUAUGCUAUUUAUAAAUAUCAUUUACGUUUUAAGACAAUUGCCGCUAUAAUUAGUUGUUUUGUUCAUUACAAAUCGCAUCAAUUGAUUUGUCUAUUGUUUAUUGUUUAAAAAAAAUGCCGUUGUUUAAUAAGUCCGUUUUUAACAACUGAGGACGUGUGAAUAAUAUGUUAAUCUUAUUAAUCUGUCUUAUUGUUAUAAAUGCAAGACUUCAAGCACAGUCUUGUUUGUGACUAUGAUGGAAAUACAUUUCUCGGAAAUAAAAAAUAAAAGGCAGGAAACAAAAA